GGUCUCGUAAUCCUCCGCCGCAUGACGGCGGGCAGAGACUCUGGCGCUAGGGCGCGCACAGGCUCUGGCGUAAGGGGGCGCAAAUGCUCCAGGACGACGGCACCUCUUGACCUCUUCCCCGAACCUACGACGCCCGCCCUCCUCCCCGAACUCAAGAUCCUGCGCCUCGCCGGCGCCCCCUCAUUCGACUGGGCCCUACUUAUCGACAUGGUCAAGUUGAGGACGGACCCGAAGCUGGAGCAUUUGGAGUUGGUGCCGACGGAUGAGGCGGCCGACCUGGAUGCGGAGACGGAGGCACGGCUGAGGGAGAUUUUGGGCGAGAAAGACACAGACAUCUUCGGCGAGAAGGGCUUCUCGUGUCGUCGUCAGUUUCCCAUAAAGGGUCGAGCCGUGGCAGCCGAAAACGAGCUGAGGGGGUUGCGGGUCGCUGUUGGGCUGAUUGAACUGGGGACGUGUGGCGAGCAAGACAUAAUCCAAAUUUACACCAUUUCCUGGUUCGCGAUACUAUACAGCUUUCGUCUGACAUCGCGCAUUCUCCUCAUGCAGGAGUUGUACACCUACGACCGGUUCUCCGCGUACACACGCUCCAGCAGGGCUGUGUUGAGGUAUUCGUGGAUCUCGACGAUCUUCCCCUCGGGCGAGAAGGUGAGG